AGCAAAAGUGUAAAACCCCUUAAACCACUUCCGGCACCACCAGUCCACCACCACCACCAUCAUGCAGCAUUUCUUCACAACCCUCCGUCACCGCCCCCACCACCACCACCGUCGCUACCUUCUCGCUAUACACUUCGCGUCAGCUCACCACAAACCCCACAAACCACCGCCGCCACCGCCAACACCCCCAAAACCACCACAAAGAAUCUCCAAAUUCACACUCCAUGAUUACACAUGGGAAGACCCAUAUAGCUGGAUGUCUAAUUUAAACGAUAAAGUAGCUAUGCGUCACAUGGAUGUUUGUAUGGAACAAGAAGAGAAGUAUACUGAAGCCGUUUUAUCCGAAACCGAUCGUCUUCAAUCCAAACUUCAAUCCGAAAUGGCCUCCCGCAUUUCUUCUCACCUGUCUACCCCUCCUUUUCAUUGGGGCCCUUGGUUGUAUUAUAGACGAAUGGAAGAAGGAAAGCAAUAUCCGGUACUAUGUAGGAGAUUAGCUAGUCUAAAUGAGGAGUUCAUUUCACAUAAAAAUCCAACAGGUGGGUUUGAUUAUACUUCUGGGAAAAGGAUUGAACAAAAGCUUAUUGAUUACAAUCAAGAGGCAGAAAGAUUCGGAGGUUAUGCUUAUGAGGAGGUGUCAGAAGUGUCUCCUGAUCAUCGAUAUAUAGCCUACACCAUGUAUGAUAAGGACAAUGAUUUCUUCAAGUUAUGUGUGAGGGACUUGAAUUUUGGUUCGCUGUGUAGUAAGCCACAAGCUGAUUGGGUCUCUAAUGUGGCUUGGGCUAAGGGUGGUCAAGCAUUGUUGUAUGUUGUUACAGAUCAAAACAAGAAACCUUACAGGUUAUAUUGUAGCAUGCUUGGAUCAAAGGAUGAAGAUGUGAUGCUUUUAGAAGAACCAAAAGAAAAUGUCCAUAUUAACAUUCGACAUACCAAAGAUUUCUUCUAUGUGACUGUAAAUGUAUUUUCAACCACGUAUUCGAAGGUGUUUCUGAUCAAUGCAGCUGAUCCAUUAUCUGGUCUGACACUAGUAUGGGAGUGCGAAGCCUGCACACAUUGUAUUAUUGAACAUCAUCAAGGCUAUCUUUAUCUUUUUACCAAUGCUGAUAGAGCUGGGCAGUCGGUUGAUUGCCAUUAUCUCCUUCGCAGUCCCCUGCCAUCUUCUGGUUCUAAAAAGUGGGAGAAUGUAUUUAUUGAUGAUAGAGACUUGAUUAUCGAGGAUGUUGACUUCUGUGACUCACACAUGGUACUUAUCGUCAGAGAAGGUGGAAGAUUCCGACUAUGCUCAGUUGAACUGCCUAUGUCAAACAAUAGGGAUGCGGUCCAUCUCAGGGAGUUGUGUCCACAUUUUCUACCUCUUCCAGAGUCUGUUUGCCAGAUAUCGCCUGGAUCGAAUUAUAAUUUUUAUUCCUCAAUCAUGCGGUUUACAAUUUCAUCACCUGUGAUGCCUGAUGCAGUAGUUGAUUAUAAUUUAUUAAAUGGGAAAUGGGAAAUUAUUCAACAACACAACUUACUCCAGGAGAGAACCCGUGUUUUGUAUGGCACAACUUCUACUGGUAUGAAUAUAUCAAUCCCCAAUACGGAAGUUAAUGCAGAAAAUAAUCACACUUGGAAUGAUCUAUCCGAGUUUUAUGCUUGCGAACAACAUGAAGUCACAUCUUUUGAUGGAGUCACGGUCCCCUUAACAAUUGUCUAUUCACACAAAAGAAAAAAGGAAGGUCAAAGUCCAGGGUUGCUUCAUGGACAUGGUGCUUAUGGCGAAUUACUUGACAAAAGGUGGCGUAGUGAGUUAAAGAGCCUUCUCGAUCGUGGUUGGGUUAUCGCAUACGCAGAUGUUCGGGGUGGGGGUGGCAGAGGAAAGAUGUGGCAUGAAGAUGGUAGACGUACUAAAAAGUUUAAUUCCAUAAACGAUUAUGUUUCGUGUGCCAAAUUUCUUGUUGAAAAGGAGAUCGUGCACCAACACAAGCUUGCUGGUUGGGGAUAUAGUGCUGGAGGUCUCUUGGUUGCUUCUGCUAUUAAUUGCUGUCCAGAUUUAUUUCGUGCUGCAGUUCUAAAGGUUCCAUUUUUGGACCCGUGUAACACUCUUGUGUACCCCAUUUUACCACUUACUCCUGUUGACUACGAAGAAUUUGGGUACCCUGGUGACAUCGAGGACUUUGAAGCCAUAAGAAAGUUUUCUCCCUAUGAGAACAUUCAAAAGGGUGUUCUCUAUCCAGCAGUUUUGGUCAGCUCGUCUUUUAAUACAAGAUUUGGAGUAUGGGAAGCCGCAAAAUGGGUUGCACGUGUACGUGAACACGCCAUUUAUGAUCCAAACCAUCCCAUCCUUCUUAAUUUAACAGCGGAUAUAGUGGAAGAGAACAGAUAUUUACAGUGCAAAGAGUCUGCUUUGGAGGCUGCUUUUCUCUUGAAGAUUAUGGAUUCUUAGACACAUUUAACAGGUUAUAUCGAUUUUGAUGGUUAGGUUAAUUGUUAAAUUUGUUUGAAGGCGAAGAAGAUGCCAUAAUCUUUUAUUGAGAUCAAAUAGAUACAAUUCUGUAUAGUCAUCAUAGUCUUUUAAUCUCAUAGUUGGUUUACCAAAAAAGCAAGACUUUUGGGAAGCUUUAUGAUGAGUUGGUCAACUGAACUUUGUUACUGUGUAAAGUGAGCACCUUUUGAAGACAAUGGACUAAAACCAUAAUAAGUUUGUCAAA